UGGCGCGCCCACGUAAACAGUGAGGUGCGGGUAUAAAGACAGGGCACCCAGCUGGAUCAGAGAGCUGUUUACCUCUUUUGCGCAACGAACAUAACUUGGACAUGUGGAGGCUGGGGCCCCUUUAAAUCCAGUCCGCGGGGUUUUACGUAACAAGAAGGAGGAAAAACCGAGGGGAAACACGACAGAGGGGAGUUGACAGUUUGACCACUGGGCAAGCUUAUCAGGUGGAGAGAGCAAAGUGUGUGAUGUGGAAAAUGCAACUGGGGAUUUAUCACUGCGGAGCCUAAUAGAAUAAUACACAGAGCCAGAGUUUCCAGGUCAUUGAUCCCCUCACCCCCGACUGGCAAACCUACAGUGACCCCUGACAGCUCAGUGCAACAGGAGAAAGGGGAAAUUGGCAUUUUAGAAAGGCCCCCGAGGUGUCGUGUGGCCCUGCGUCAUGGCAGCCAUUGAUCUAGAGCGAGGGCUGGAGCACAGCGGAUGGGGACAGGAGAGGCCAGAGCUCAUGGACAAUUUUGAUUCAGAAAUGCAAGAAUGGGAAGACCAGCUGCAGGACAUACAGAGGAAGAUUGAAGAGUUGUACACUGAAGUUCAGGCUAGAAGAGGCACAAAUGAUGUUACCAGUGACAGCCAGAAGAACAGCAGCGAAAUAGACUGUGAACUGGGACGGAAUGGCAGCCUUUUUGCAACAGAUAAGACUCAUCAACAGUAUUCCAAUAGCUGCAAUGGCUACAGUCACCACAAUGGCUAUGGCUACUGUCAAAACAAUGGAAUUCAUGAGAUUGGAGACAUACUACAGGACUAUUUGGGACAGGGGAAGCCAGCAAGCCGGAAGAACAAUGGAGCGCGCCAUGUGCACUUCAGCGAUACAAUCAAAGUGAGCUCAGAUCUGCCCUUAUACCAAGAUGACAUCAAAACCAGAACUGGAAGUGCAAGAAAUGGCCAAGAGCAGUUUUUUGGAAGUUUUGUGGAGAAUGAAAACAAGAAGAAUCGUGUGACCCAGGUGAAAAGCAAAGAAGGUUUAACAAAUAAAGAAAAUGGAGGUGGAAAGCCCCCUUUUAAACAGCGAGAAACACAACCACGUCCAGGUGGGUCGGUCGAAUCUCCAGCUCUUGAGCGGAAGUGCUUUGGUCUAGGUGGGCUUGUAGACAUGAAGGGCAGUCCCUCAGUGCUGAGGAAGUUUGGAGCCAUGCUCCAUGAAAAUGAGGGCAAACUGCUCACUGAGAGCGGGGUGGUGUCGCCUCCAUCUCAGACCACAGAGCCAAAGUGUCCCACCCCCAGCUGUCAGCGCAAGGCUCUGGGGGGACGGAUGCCAGGACGUGUGCCUACACAGAAAUGCCAAGCUGAUUGUGACGUGCAGACAGCAGAGGCAGAGACCAGCCAAGAGAGACCCCCAGCAACAGACUGUGGGCGACAGAACCACAAGGAUCAGAGAGGAGGCUACAGCGCCCCCAAAGGCCAACCCAGUCCACAGCAGUCUCAGCGCAGGGCACAGGUGCAGGGCAGUCCCAAACCUCGGCCCCGGGCUCAAAGCGGAACAGACAAAGACAGAGCGAGGAGGACAGCUGUCCACCAGGGGGAGUUUAAAAUGGACCACACAGGUGUAAACGGGUCCCCAGUGGCUGUGAAGAAGAGAAUUGGGCUCAGGGAUGAAGGACUCAUCGAGCUACUGGACAUGCUGGACAUACAGCAUGAAUACUCCAAUGGCACAACAUACAGACAAGACACUGAGCCGGAUAGCACAGAUGUUCUCACUGCAAAGCCUAAGAGCUUUUCAAGGCCAGCUCGACCAGCCAAUCAAAGGCCUCCGUCCAGAUGGGCCAGCUGUACCCCUUCUGCAAGAAUCAGUACCCCAUCCGGCCCAAUGUACCGGCCGCCAAGCCCUCUCACCAGGACCCACAGUCCCCUGACCAGGCCUCCAAGUCCUGCACUCAAACACCGGAACUUCAUGCCCUAUUCUCUGCACACUGAGACCGUGAUCAUGUGAUACUCACCUCUCCUUCUGUAAAUAGUGACAGUAUGAACUGUUUUACAUAAUGCCAUGCCAAUGCCCCAACAACAUUCUCCAUUCAGGCUUUAUAUUUACCUUGUAUUACCUUUGUUCACACAUUCAUGAUGAUGGAUAUUCAGUUUUUAUUUUUCGUAUGUUCCAUGUGGUUUAGAUUGAAGCAUGUAGCCCUGUGGGGGUGCAUGCUCGUGUCAUGUCUUUAAUACUGACAUUUGCCUGCUGAAUUUAACAGCACAACAAACGGUGUGUUUACUGUAUAAUAUUGUAAUUGUAAUAUAAUUAUAUAUAAAAUGUUUAAGUGACGACUGUGAUAAAUUGAGGAAAAUAUAACUUAAAUUGUUUUUCUUGGUAAUUAACAUGUAAAUAAACAUGUGAUUUCACUUAA